UUAAUUGUUUUUGUUUUGAUAACAGAGUGGUUGACAAAAGGUGAUGUGUGGCGACUUGUUGAUGGAAGGCAGUUUUUAUUCGAACUGUUGUCAUGUUUGUAAGUUGCAUCAACCCGAUGUUGAUGUGAAGCGAUGCAGCAAAUGUCGAUUGAUUUCAUAUUGUUCUGUGAAACACCAAAAGAAACAUUGGCCAAAGCAUAAAGAUCUGUGCAAAAGUAUUGUGAGAGUAUGCCACAAUAGCGGGGUGUCGGCCUUAUUUGAAACUCCCAAUGCGCACAUGACGGCGAGAGAAUGGUGUACUCUUCGCACGAAAUAUAUGGCCGCUGCUGAAGUCUUUGUAGCGAGAAAACUAUGUAAAUACGAGCGUGAGAUGUUUUUCUUCCCAAGAGUUUGUAGGGUCUGCAAAAUGUUCAAUAACGGCGAUUUGAUUGAUUGUGGCGAUUGUCUGUCAGCAAGUUACUGUUCAGUUGACCAUCAGUUAAAAGAUUCAACGAAUCACUCGGAAGUGUGCAGUGAUUUGAAACUUUGUUUGGAAAUUGACACAAAAGUGAAAAAUGAUUUGGAUUUUAGCACUCUAAUGGUGACAAGUCAAGAAGAGUAUACCCUUUUGCCCAAGAACACAAUAGAUUUUAUACAGUCCCAUGUUACGUUUGAUAAACUGGUUACUCUGCCUCCACAGUUGGUGUUUGCGUAUGUGUCAGAGCUUUUCUCAUGUCCUUUAACGCUGUUGUAUGCCCUCGAGAGAGAGAGAAUUAUGAGAGCCUCCCUUAUUGUGCAUGUUGUUGGUGCUAGUUACCUUGAGUGCUCCUUUUUCUUCUCUUGGGAAAGUGUGUUGCACUGGUUACCACAUGUAAAAUAUUUAUCUGUUGUGUUCAUUGGACCAGAUGUUAUUGAGGGUAAAAGUUUCACGUUGUGCUCGGGAUGUGAAAAAAAGGGAAAGGGGAUCAACAUUAAACUUUACAGUGGCAUGUAUCAUGACUUCGUUAAGUCAGUUACUUAUGAGACUCCGUCUAUAAUCGUGGCAUACAAUAGUGGUAUUGAUGAACAGAGUUCUCACGACACAUGGGGCCAGUCCAUACCAUUCUUUUUUAAAUAUGAUGCAGUACCAUUUGUUUUAACUUCAUAUACGUUAUCGGAGGCAAUAUCAGAUUUAAAUAAAAUAUGCGAAAUUGCAGGUUGUGAAAUUACUAUUUCUGUUUCCUGUGAAAGAAACCGAUUUUCAUGCCAACGACCUUACCGAGAUUGGGAGACAGACCCCUUAUGCACAUUUUGCUAUAACAACUACUUGAGUAUUGUAAAGCGUGGAAGUGAGAGUACAAAAUAAUGUAGAGGACAACAAAAUAGUUGUCUGACUGAAUGGCUUAAGGACAGUAUUUGUGCUGUAUGGGGUGUUAUUACAGGUACGUGCAGAGCCUUGUCAAUUGCAGCUAGCUGCACACUUGCAAACUGCCCCUACUACUCCUUGGUGCCUCAAUUUGUCAUUGACAAAGCUAUUUUCUUAAAGUGAUACGUCGUGCUUAGGCUACGUCUAGAGACUGUAAUUAUUGUUAAGAACUUUGCUAUAUUUUUUAUGACUUUAAUAGUUUAUAUCACCAUUGCAGUGUUUGUAUUGUAAUGCAGUGUACCUGAAAUUUCUCUUUGGUAAUAAACAGGUCUUAUAAAAA